GGCAGCAGCGACGGCGGCCGCCGCCGAGGGGAGGCGGCGGGGCUCGGCGCGGCGGCGGGUCGGUGCCGGGAGCGGCAUGGGGCGGCCGCGGGAGGGAGGUCGAUCGUGAGGAGCUGAGCACCCUCCCUUCCCUCCCCUCUGAUCCGAUUCCUUUUAAGUGAAGCUCACUGGCUUUCUGAGGACCAGACCUCACUGAUGACUGGGAAGCAAAGAGUACCCAGGAAAGCACUUUUACCACGGACUCCACCUCAGGAGCACCAGGAACUUGUCUUCUGAGUAAAAUCUGUGUUCCUUCCGUGCAGACCCAAUGUCUGCUGCAAUGGAUACAGAAUCAACAUAUUCGGGAUACUCCCACUACUCAGGUCACUCCAAAAAAGCCCACAGACAAGGGAGUCGGGACAGGCACAAAUCGCCGCGAAGCAAAGACGGCAGUCGGUCUGAGAAGUCCGUCACUAUCCAGACACCUCCUGCAGAGCCGCUGCUUGGGAACGAUGCCUCUCGGGCGGAGGAGGGCCAGGAUGACAACUGGGGUGAGACCACGACAGCAAUCACAGGCACCUCUGAGCACAGUAUUUCCCAGGAGGACAUUGCCCGGAUCAGUAAGGAUCUGGAGGACAGCGUUGGGUUGGACUGCAGACGUUACUUGGGCUUAACAGUGGCAGCUGUUCUCGGACUCCUUGUCUUCCUUACCCCCAUUGCCUUCAUUCUGUUACCCCAGAUCCUGUGGCGGGAUGAUCUGGAGCCGUGUGGUACUGUCUGUGAGGGACUGUUCAUCUCUGUGGCGUUUAAACUCCUCAUUCUUCUGAUUGGGACCUGGGCUCUGUUUUUCCGCCAGCCCAAGGCAGACAUACCGAGGGUGUUUGUGUUUCGGGCCCUUCUGUUGGUCCUCAUAUUCCUGUUUGUGUUUUCCUACUGGCUCUUUUAUGGCGUGCGCAUCUUGGACUCGAAGGACACCAACUACCAAGGAAUAGUGCAGUAUGCGGUGUCUCUGGUGGAUGCUCUGCUCUUCAUUCACUACCUGGCCAUUGUGCUGCUGGAGCUACGGCAGCUGCAGCCCAUGUUCACUGUCAAGGUAGUUCGGUCAACGGAUGGAGAGUCGCGAUACUACAGCUUGGGGCACCUGAGCAUCCAGCGAGCUGCACUGGUGGUUCUGGAAAAUUACUACAAAGAUUUCACAGUCUACAACCCAGCCUUGUUAACAGCCUCCAAAUCCCGGGCAGCCAAGCACAUGGCUGGCCUGAAAGUCUACAAUGUUGAUGGCCCAGGUAACAACGCGUCGGGGCAGUCCCGUGCCAUGAUUGCCGCCGCGGCCCGUCGGAGGGACUCCAGCCACAACGAGCUCUACUACGAAGAGGCCGACCACGAGCGCAGAGUGAAAAAACGCCGUGCAAGGCUUGUGGUUGCAGUAGAGGAGGCUUUCACCCACAUCAAACGCCUCCAGGCAGAGGAACAGCAGAAAGCUCCGGGAGAGAUGAUGGACCCCCGAGAAGCAGCCCAGGCAAUCUUCCCCUCCAUGGCAAGAGCUCUGCAGAAGUACCUUCGCACCACCCGCCAGCAGCAGUACCACAGCAUGGAGAGCAUCUUGCAACACUUGUCCUUCUGCAUCACCAAUAACAUGACACCAAAGGCAUUCCUGGAGCGUUACCUCAACCCGGGCCCAACCCUCCAGUAUGACAGGGAUCGCUGGUUCUCCAAGCAGUGGACGCUCGUCAGUGAGGAAGCAGUCACAAGCGGGUUACAAGAUGGCAUUGUGUUUGUCCUCAAGUGCUUGGACUUCAGCCUUGUUGUUAAUGUGAAAAAAAUCCCCUUCAUCAAACUCUCAGAAGAGUUCAUAGACCCUAAAUCUCAUAAAUUUGUCCUCCGCUUACAGUCUGAGACUUCAGUCUAAGGGAUUUUGAGGGUGGGUUGUUUGGGGAUUUUUUUUUUUUUCAAUAUUGUGCUUUUGGGUUUAAUUUCCCCAAUGCUGACUGAAACUGGCAGAUGAUGGACCAGUAAUAUUUGACCAUCUGCACUUUAUUUGGAAAGGGGAGGGGGGAGUUGGGAUAUCUUAUCUAGAAAGAAAUAUCUUAAGAGGUGACAGGGUGACUUGGCUCGGUUAGCUCAGCCUUGGAGACAGAACAGAUUUUUUUCUAACCCCCCCAUCCCCGCCUUGCCAGGCAUACUGUAAAUCUCAUGCUCGCUCUUUCUCCGCACGAUUGCAACGUUGGUAUUUUUGUUGGAGCACUGCCUUACGCCGUGCACACGCCUGUGCUUUUGUGUCUCUGCUUUUGCUACCUGUAGCUUUUCUGAGAGCACGCUGCUCACUUCUCCGCUAUAGAAACCUUCUUGCAUGGGGCUGUGGCAGUCCCAGUUCACUCGGGGAGGAGAGGGUGUCACAGGGCAGGUGUGAGAGGGCUGCUUCUGUGAGCCACCUAAUCUAGAGGCUGAAGACUUUUAUUCUUUUCUUCCUCUCCAUGGGCCCUCUUCUGUCAGUGCUGGACCUGUGUGAGCAUGGUGGGAUGGUUUUGCUCUCUGUGAAGUUGCUUGUUUUGAACUGGAUCAGCCCAUCUAGCAGCUCUUCAAAUUUUUUAAUGUUUUUACUUUUUUUUUUUUUUACCAGUGCUUCUUAGUGAAACUUUUCUGCAGGACACAGCUCCUUGUUAUCUCUCACCUGCUUUCCUCUCUUGCUUGCCCAUAUCUUUGUCGGGCACUCCCAAGGUUCCCUAUUUCUCCCCUUCUGUCUGGCUUUCCAAAUGUGUUUCUGCAGCCACAGUCCCCUCGGGGUCUGCCUUACCGCCGCGUCCUUUUGCACCUGCAAGGGCUGCGUAUUUGCACUGGGACAGGGUAGGUAGGCAGCUGGCUCCUCCUCAGAUAAAUCACAGACCCUCCCUAUGUCUGACAGCCUCUUGGAGGGGGGGGUCGGGGGGGCAGGCAGGAAUGUACCCCUCCCUCUCUAGCUGGCUCCAAGUGCAUCCAGAGGGAAGAUGGGCAAAAGGAAUUCCCUGCUUGGGGAGAGGAGCCAGCGAAGGGCUGACCCCUGCCGUGUGCAUUUGCUUUGGAGAACUGCUGUGCCCUGGAAACACUGCAGUGUGUCCUCACCGUACGCCUUCAGCUAUAGCUAAGAAAUACCAAACUAUGUCUGAAUGUUAAGUCCGCCUGCCUUUCUUGGCCUUUCUGUACUGCGGGAGUUCCUGCUCAGUGCUGGGACCCGCUCCUGAGACACGCAGGUUUGUUUGUAGGGCUGCCUUUGCCCGUCAGUGAAGCUUUUGUGUGCAGCUUCAGCGUCACUUGAGUUUCACGGGGUUUUGUAAGGUUUGCUUUUAACAAUGAGACUAAAGCGAUGUCUGAAGUCUGAUUGCCAGCACAGGGCAUCAUGUGACUCCAGAGCCCGCUCCAAAGCUGGCAGUGACCUGCCUUCAGGCGGGUCCCUCUGAGACCCCUCCAGCUCUGUGGCAGUGGAUUUGUGUGUGUGAAUGCAAACACUCGAUUCAUUCUGCCCUGCCUUUUGCCAUGGAAAUAUCUGUCGGGCAGAAUCUCACCUACCUUCCAUAUGGAUGUCUUAACACAGAGGGCCCCAGUUCAGUGAGGUACAUAAGCCAGUGCCUUUCAUUGCCAGGGUGUAUUGUCUUCCAAGGGGGGGCUGUGACAGCCCCUCCUGUCCCCUUUGGCCUUCCCCAGCCUUCCCUGGGCUCUUCUAGCAGCUUGUGGGGCUGCCUCCGUGCUCCCACCAGCACAAGGUGGCCUGGCUAAGAGCGGAGCUCUGCUAGUCCUGCAUGGCAUGGCUGGUGUGGGCUGGCCAGUGCCCACCAGAAGCUGGUGGGAGGGAGCAGCCACCUUAAGCAGGGGUGCUGGUGGCGUGGCAGGGGGGGUCCGGCCUCUUCCAGCUUCAGAAGCAAUGGAGCUGUGGGUCCGUCGGCACCUGUGGGUAGUCCUCUUUGGGGUCAAGGGAGCACCCUGUGAGUGAGGGUCCCAAAUGGUGACUCCCCAUCCAAGCGAUGCCCGCGGUGUCCUGCACCUUUCUUACAAGUACGUGGCAGUCAGCUGGAUCCUGUCUUCUCCAUGUGACGUGCCAGAUGUGGUUUGUGGAGAAGCUAGGUGGCACAGGACGUGAUGGGGUCAGGCCCGUGUCCCUGAAAGGAUGGGAAGUAGGUAGGGUUUUCCCUUCUCUAAACUUAGCGUUUGGGUUUCUUUCUAGGUCAGGCUUUCUGGUCUGUAUGUGGACUCCUUUAUUGACUGUGGCCUUCGCAGUGUUUUAUUUUGAAAAAAUAGACUGGUUUCUUCCUUCUUUUUAUUUGGGGAAAAAAAAAAAAAAGGGGAGCAUAUAGUAUCUUAUCUCACACCUGGCUCUCCUAAAAAUGUGUGUAUCUGGCGUUUGUGCCGUGCAAAACCAGCAAGGUGGGAGAGACUGGAAGUAGCUUGGGAGACUACGGAGCACUUACGCCUGUGUGGAGGCUACUGCCUGUGGCUGAAUUGGCUGAUUUCUGUGAAGCUGGAGUAAGAACCACCUUGCUGGGGGGCUUGGGUGGGCUGUGUGCGUGAGAGCGCCUUGUCACAGGCACCUCUGCAAAACUUUCUUACUUUCCCAGGUUUUCCUUCCUCUUUCCUUUUCCCUGCCCCACAAGGAGGGUUGUCUGACAGUAUCUUCUCAGGAAACUCAUGUCUUAAUUGCAUUAAAUCCUUGAACAGGUGGAGAACCAGGCGGAAGCGGUGUGUGCUUGCUCUAGGUCUGCUUCCUCAGCUGCAUGCCGUGGUUCAGCGCUGACUUUUCUGCCUGCUGCUGAAAAGGACGCUGUCCACGGGGGCCAAGUCCCACAUUCGAUGCUCUUCCCUGUGUCAGCAGUAUGAAUGCUUUGCCCGAUGAAUUCUGAAGGAGUGGGCUUGGUCUCUCAAACCAUCUCUUUAGAGAUGCAACCGGCUUGGGGUGAGAACAGACUAAAAGGGGAAUUGGGACUCCUGAGUAUUCCCUGGUUUAGUUUGGGGUUUUUUUACAACAUUUUAUUUUGCAGAGCGUCUCUUGUUUCCCCUCUCCAUGCAAGAUCCAGGGGACCACUGUCAUACCUACCUCACUGGGGUGUUGUGAGGCUAAAGUGCUUUGAGAUCCACAGAUGGAUCUGUGGUAUCUAUGGGAAUUCAGACUGUAAAAAUACGGAUCAGUUAGAGCAGACUGGUUUGUUUAACUCUGUUUAUAACCAGCUAAUGAGUAAGAGUCAAGUCACAGGGAAUGAAGCUCGAUCCAAAUCCUGCAGUCCUUACUUCUGCAGAGCUUGCCAAGAGCUGAGCACAAAAAAGGCUGGUGGGGUUUGCCAGCCAAGUGCAGGCUGUUCUCCUCCUAAUGCCUUUCCUGUCCUGCGCUGUCUCCUUGCACAUAUUCUCCCUUCUCUCUCCCGGCCUGGAUGGUUGUACCUGGCUGGGAAAUUUUAUUUUAUUUUUUAGAAUUCAAGUGGCUUAUAAGACAACCCUGUUUGUGGUGAAUUGGAUGGUGUUCCCCUCGGAGGAGAGAUCCUUGCACUGGGCGUCCUUCGCUGAAGGCUGAACCAUUCGAUAGGGUGCUGUGCUGCCUAGCCACGAGUGGUGUUGCCCCGUUCUUUUAUGUUGGCAUUUUUCCUCUGACUCUCAACUGUGUUGCUCAGAUACUUUAAAGGCUUUGGGUUUUUUGCUGUCUGAUUUGUUACAGCCUAAAUCCAAAGCCAUGCUGAGAUCUUCCAAAACCAGAUGCAGCUAAGAUUUUCAGCUGCUCUGGAGCAGAUGGAAAUGGCUGUGGGUUUCCAUGAAGGCUGGCUUUCUCUUUCGUGGCUGAAGAGUGAAAGAUUUCUUGCAGCUUCUAGGAGUGUAGGGGCAGAUGCCAGACCCUUAAUACCUUGCCAGUCCGGUAACUAGGCCUGAGCAAAGGUGGUUAGCACGUCUGUUUGCCUCUCAUUGCCGUGUGGCUGCAGCCAUCCAUGUGUAGGCUCUGUGGGGCUGCCCCAGGUCUCGGACUCCUUUGGAGUCUUCUCACACAUGGAAGCAGAGCAGACGGCGCUUUCAGAGGGGUAAGCUUUCUAGCUGUCCCCUCUACAGUAUAGCAGUCCCUGACCAAGCCCCUGUGGUCACCCUGGGGAUGUGGGGGGCAGUGCUUGCAACUACCAGUUUUUACCCUGUGGAGGGGAGACGUUGCCACCCACGCACCCCUGUAGGCAGCAGGGUAGCUGGGGAGGGAUGCCCCGGGCAUGGCAAGCGUGAUGCAGCUUGCUGGCAGAGCAAGGUCAGCUCCUGCUUCUGGGCUUGUCCUGUCUUGAAGGAUGUCCCUUCAAGAGCCAUCCUCCCUGAAGGGGGAUAUUGGAGAGAAAGGCUGAUGUGAUUUCAGCCUCUGCCAGAUAUUCCUCUGGCUUCUACCUCUAAAAAUUUUCCUGCCAGCAGCUUCAGUCACUCCAGACCCCAUCCUCGCCUUCCUGUGGUUCCUUCCCCCCGCCCCCCCUCGCCCCGCCAGAGUUCCCUAUUGAGGCAGAACAAGUAUCUGCUGGGAUGGGAAGUGCUGGGGCUGCAGUUCGGGGCUCAGGGGCAGCUCCCAAUUAAGUGCAAGUCUGGGGGAGAUCUGAACAAAUCCCAACCCUUAUGGAGCCUCUUAACAUUUUCCUUUGGGCUGGGGAUCUCCAUGCAAAGCCUUGGCAAUCUGCUGUUGCUAAGUCGGCCAAAAGCUGCGGGGAAGGUGUUUCUGAAGCUGGUCUUGCCCUGUGUAAGUAGCUUUUUAAAGUCUUGUUUGAGAUGCGCUUGUUUCCAGCACUUGCUGCUGAAGAAACUGGAAAGAGCCAUACGGUGCUAAACGUGGAAACCCACUCAAGCCAGUUUCAUCUUGCUUACCAAAACUGUAAAUCUGCCAUUUUCAAAGGCGAAACGAAAGUCUUGCCAUCCUCUCACAAAAAUGCUGUAGUCUGGUCCCCGACUCCACUCCUCAGUCACGCUCCGUUCUGCCCUGCCCUAUGAGAGCUGUUCACGAGGGCUGUGCGCAGAUGGCUGUUGUCUCAUUCCGUUUGUGUGUCUGUGUGCUUUUUCCCUUCUAGGUGUGUGUGUUACACAUGUCUAAAGCCUCAAGCCAGGCUUGGUGGUUCAGUGUUUAAACUGUGUUAAGAAGAAAGCGCUCUUGGGAUUGAGCUGUUUGUUUUUUUAAAAAAAAAAAAAAAAACAAACAUACAAAACCCCUAAAUUUCUGUUCUCCUAAAAAGAGAUGGCUUUGGGCCAUGAAGUCUCCUACAGGAACACGCAUCCUCCUGCGUUCAGGAUUUUUGAUGACCAUAAGUUGCCGUUUCUGACAGCUGCUCUGUGACUGGUGCAGAUCGCUGAGAUAUUCCUGAGCUGGGUCCCCGCCGCACCAGCGGUCCAGCUGGUGCCGCCCGCCCCUCUGCAUCCCUCCCAGGAGACUGCGGGUUUUUAUCCCCGUAUCGAACCGGAGCCCUGCGGGCAGCAGGCAGCCAGCCCUGCCCUGGGUGUGCUCUGCCCAGAGAGGGAACCCUUCCCCCUGGCUGCUCCCUGGGCACCUCUCACCAGCGCCAACGAUGCUUGGGAGCAUCUCCUGCGUGUGUGGCGAGGGGAUGCUGUGGCUCGCUACCUGCACAGGCGUAACUGUGAAGGAAUCUUACACUCUUCUGUGCCUGUUUCUUUGAAUCAGCAUUAUUGUGUCUUGGAAGGGGGUGGGAGCGAGCGCCCUUCCCUCGCCCUCUUUUGAUCACUGUGUAAUACUCUUUUUCUACACAAACUGUGUAUAGUAAGAUGGCUUUUGCCAAGGUUUUCUAAUUAAUAGACACUAACCAGCAUUUCUUGCCCACCCCCUCCCACUCCCCUUUUAUUUUCCCCCUCUUCUUUGCACAUGUGACUUUAACUGCAAUGGUACAUGGUCUUUUCUGUUCUUUUCUAAUCGUGAACUUAAGUAAGCAAAUUCCUGGUGUCUGUGACAUUAAUGCACUGUGGGUCUAGCCUAGUACAUUGUUCUGUUCCAAGCUGGGUUCUCUUAAGUUAUAGCUGGAUGGGGUUUUGUUGUUUUUUAAACUGAAACAUAAAACCGUUUUACACUUUGCAUAUUUUGUACAGUAAAAUUCUGGAAAUAAACUGAAACCAGAUUUGAUUGUUCCA